UAUCGGAAGGACUGCUUUUUUACUACAGAAAAGAGUAUUUUGCUUAGGUUAUUCUUUUGUUGAAUAUAUUUGGAUAUAUAUUUUGAUCAUUUUAAGAUACAUAAAUAUAGUAUGUUAUGAGUGAAAAACGCCGCCGUGCACGUAUACAGAGCGGAUGGGCGGCUAAUGCAAGUGUCUUAUCUAAACCGCAACACAAAGCAAAGGAACAUUCUCAUACUUACCAAUUUCAUCCAACUGCACAGAUUAAAGUAAAACCAGCAGAUAUAGUUUACAGUGAGGAUGGGGAAUAUAUUUUAAGUAAAACAGAAAAUGGUGUAUCCAGCAUAAAAUUAUUCACUCAUUUCAUCCCACAAGACGAAACAAAAUGGAUGUUUGAACAACUACUACAUGAAAUACCAUGGCAACAAGAAAGUAUAGUCGUAAUAGGAACACGUAAGUUGCAACCACGCUUAACUGCUUGGUAUGGAGAUAUUCCUUACACCUAUUCUGGACUCACCUUGAAACCCUACCAGUUUUCCCAAGCCUUAGAAAUCCUAAAAGAAAAGAUUGCAUUAAAGAUGUCUCUACAUUUUAACUCGAUGUUAGCAAAUUUAUAUCGUACAGAGAAAGAUAGCGUUGACUGGCACAGUGAUGAUGAACCUUCACUGGGAGCUUUGCCAGUUAUUGCUUCACUGUCGUUCGGCGAAACUAGAACAUUCGAACUCCGUCAAAAGCCUUCUGUGGGAGAUGAUUAUUCGUUUUCUCAACACGUGAAAGUACCUCUUUCCAGCGGAAGUUUGCUUAUAAUGGAAGGCGCGACUCAAAUAGAUUGGCAGCAUCGUGUACCAAAAGAUUACCACGAUCGUGAUGCAAGAAUAAAUCUCACUUUUCGAAAUAUCUGUCAAACUUGAAAGUGACUAGAACUUCGAAACAUUGCGAGUAAAACCACAGGUUAACACGACAGGUGAAUGAUUAUGCAUGCAUGGCAUCAAGACUGCGUAUGUGGUGCUCCUUUCAUACGACGUUUCAAUCACUUUUAAUGGAAAUGCUAAGGCAACAAUGUACAUGUGCAUUUCGCUUUUAUUGUAUAUACUUUUAAAAGGUGAGAGAAAUUUGAUUAAUUUAAUCGUGUCACUGGGAGCACUUGCUGAACACAAGAAAUAGCAAGAAAUGUAUUUAUUUAUUAUUUUUACCUAAAAUAUAUUAUUAUGUAAAAUUGAAACUAAAAUAUACAAUUUUUGAGCA